AUGCGCCGCUUCGCAAAGGUCUUCACGGCCAAGAAGCGGGACGACAAGCACGUCGCAGCGCAUACUCACAGCGUCGCCUCCACCGCCUCCACGCCCCAGCCCAGCAUCGCCAGCGACCCCGCCCACUCAUCAGCGUCCUCCAGCGGCUCGGCGAGCGUGCAGACCCCCGACGACGACCACCAUGACCACCUCGGCCGUGCAGACACCAAGCGCUCCUGGAAGUCCUGGCUCGCCGGCAAGCGCACCGUCUCCAACACCAAGCAGGCACCGCUGCCCACCCAGGUCCGCAUCGAGGCGCCGCCCGUCCCCGACUGGCAUUCCCACCACCUCCCGUCCCCCUUCCUCCACCCCGCCCCACCAAAACCGCCGCCCCACCCUGUUCCUCCCGAUGACUCCGACGAAGACGAAUCGGACCACGACCACAGCGAGGCCCACUCUUUCUCGCCCCCUACUUCCCCCGCCGUCCCCAUCCACCCUCCUACCCCAGGUCGCGCCAGAGACAACCUCCGUCUCCUCACCACCAACGCCCUCACGCCUCCCCCGCCAGUCUCUCCCUUCAUCCAGUACACCAACGGCCCCGUAUUCCCUCGUUCCACCAAUCGGUCUAGCCUCCUCCCACGGCAACCUUCCACCCGUGUCAACCUUCUCAAAAAGCAGCUUCUCUCCUCCUUGGACACCGCAGUCCCUUCGUCUCCAAAUAUGGCUGCCAUUAUGCCAUUUGCGUCCAGACCCUCCCCCUCUCCUGCUCAACCACUUCCUUCCUCCUUCCCGGAUAUAGCCCGACCCACAUCCACAAUCAAGAUAUUUUCGUCCAGUUCCGGUGUACGAGCGUGGGUUGCGCGGCCCUGCUUUGAAGAACGUAACCUCAUCUACCUCGCCAACCAAGCCGGCGGUAUCGAUGUCCGUCCCAUUUCCUCCCUCUUUGCUAUUGCCGCACUUGAGUAUUCAGAACACCUCGAUGUCAUGGCCGACCCGGAUUUUCUCUCUUCUCCGGCACCGCCAGAGAACGGCGUGUUCGAUGCCUGGUCCCCAACCGAGCCCACGAUCCCAGCAACAGAGUCUCACGCUCGAACCCUCGAAGCUGCGCCGACAUCAGCUCCUGCACACUCGCGGAAUUCGUACACCUCGGUGCCCUCUCCUCUGCGAAAUGAACACACGCCAUCCAGCCCCAAGGAAACAACCCCUGCUGCGAAGCCUGUCAGGAGGAGCUCGGUCAAACGGGUCGUCAGGUUUGCCGAAGAUGACAGUGAUGAUGGUGAUGAUGGUGUUCCUCUUCACAUCGUUCGCAUGAAGAAGAUGCGCGAACAGAAGGCCAAGUUCUUGCGGCAGGAGCAGCUGAAGCGGGCGAAAGAGGAGGAGGAGGAGAGGCGGCGGAAAGAGCAGGAGGCUUUGGAGGUGGAGCGGAAACGUGUAGCCGCGGAGAAGGAGAAGAGGGAGAAGGAGAAAGCUCUGUACGCGGAGGCGGUCACCGCUGCGAGGAUGCGGGCAGAAACCACCAGGGCUGGCGGCAUCCCAUCUUUAAAUGCCACCACUUCUGCUAACCUCCUGGGUCCAUCGCCUUCCUUCACGUCUCUCAGGGACUCUGAACGUAAUAGGCCGCCCGACUCGAGAAGAUACUCCGCGAGGUCGCCGCACGACUCCCUUCCUGUACCUGCAUUGCCGCGGAGAGAGGCCUCUGAUCCCGUUUCGCCGUCUUCGUACUUCCACUACCCCUCGGACUCGUCGCCUACCAGCUCCCGGCCGCCUAGCAUCGGCCAUUCGCCCGUGAGCCCACACUCGCGCCCGCCGUCAACGUAUUCUGCGCAUACGUCAUCGUCAGAGGACGUGCGCCAGCAAAGCGGGAGUAGAAGGAAUUCGACAACAGCGGCGGUGGCGGCGGGUGCCAUAGGUAUGGGCGUGGGUGGUAUGAAUGGUGGUAUGGGUAUGGGCAUAGGCAUGGGCGUCCCGUCGAUGUACGGCCUCCCUCCGAUGAUCAUGUCCUACCCAACAUGGACCGGCAGCAACCCCAACCUGCAAUACGUGCCCCCCGUCCCGGCCUUCCCAGAUUUCGUCCAGGACAUGCCCCUCCUACCCCCGACCGCGCCGUUCAUGAAGCAGCCGUACGAGCGCCGCUCGUCCCGGAAUUCGUCGCCGGGCCCGUCGUUAUCUCCGAGCUCGCGUCGCGGGUCGUUCAACUCGAGCACGGAGCGCGUCAACGCGAUGUCGGGGUCGCCCGCGUCGAUGUCGCGUAAUUCUUCUGGACAACGUCUGUCAGUGUCGGCGAGCCCGCGUAAGUCUGACCCGACUCCUACCUCGUCGAGACCAACACACUCGCGGCGUGGAAGUGGCGACUCGCGGGGCUCGUAUACGCACCACUCGGCAGUACCGACAAGCCACAGCCAACACGCAAGCAAUUCGUCCUCCCGCCCGCCCCCGCCCACAACUUCGCGCUCGCAGCCCGUCAUCUCGCGCGGACGCCCGCCGCUCCCGCACCCCGUCAAGUCGUCGACGAUGCCCUUACCCCAGCCCAAGUCGGUAUCCCCAGGGUCGUCGCAGUUCCUGCAGGCCCCGAGCCCAUGGACGGCGCUGCCGUCGCAGACAGGCAGGGUGCCCACUGCGGUGCCUGUCUCGCCCUACUCGCACAACCUCAACAGCCCGCCGAGGAGUGGAGGGGAUGGGGGCAGUGGGGCGACAGGCGGGAGUAGUGGGCGGAGGCAGACGGUGAUUUCAUGA